AUGCCCUGUGUUCAGGCUCAGUAUGGGUCCUCGCCGCAAGGAGCCAGCCCGGCCUCCCAGAGCUACAGUUACCACUCUUCGGGAGAAUACAGCUCCGAUUUCUUAACUCCGGAGUUUGUCAAGUUUAGCAUGGACCUCACCAACACUGAAAUCACUGCCACCACUUCUCUCCCCAGCUUCAGUACCUUUAUGGACAACUACAACACAAGCUACGACGUGAAGCCACCUUGCUUGUACCAAAUGCCCCUCUCCGGACAGCAGUCCUCCAUUAAGGUGGAAGACAUUCAGAUGCACGGCUACCAGCAGCACGGCCACCUCCCCCCCCAGUCCGAGGAGAUGAUGUCCCACUCAGGCUCCGUGUACUACAAGCCCUCGUCGCCCCCGACCCCCUCCACGCCCGGCUUCCAGGUGCAGCACGGCCCCAUGUGGGACGACCCCGGCUCCCUGCACAACUUCCACCCCAACUACGUGGCCACCACGCACAUGAUCGAGCAGCGCAAAACGCCCGUCUCCCGCCUCUCCCUCUUCUCCUUCAAGCAGUCGCCCCCCGGCACCCCCGUCUCCAGCUGCCAGAUGCGCUUCGACGGGCCCCUCCACGUCCCCAUGAACCCCGAGCCGGCCGGGGCCCACCACACCGUGGACGGCCAGGCCUUCGCCGUCCCCAACCCCAUCCGCAAGCAGCCCUCCAUGGCCUUCCCCGGGCUGCAGCUGGGCCACGCUCCCCAGCUGCUGGACAGCCAGGUGCCCUCGCCGCCCUCCCGGGGGUCCCCCUCCAACGAGGGGCUCUGCGCCGUCUGCGGGGACAACGCUGCCUGCCAGCACUACGGCGUCCGCACCUGCGAGGGCUGCAAGGGCUUCUUCAAGGUGAGCGGGCGGCGGGCAGGGCGGCGGGGGGACCCGGCGGGGCGAGGAGCCGCUUUCCCCUUCAGAUGGAAAUUGGUUAGGACAGAGAACCUGCUUCUUAAAAUGAAUUUCCAGUUCCAGGCUAACCCCGACUACCAGAUGAGCGGAGACGACACCCAGCACAUCCAGCAGUUCUACGAUCUCCUGACCGGCUCCAUGGAGAUCAUCCGAGGAUGGGCAGAAAAAAUCCCUGGCUUCACUGACCUGCCGAAGACGGACCAGGACCUGCUCUUUGAGUCCGCCUUCCUGGAGCUCUUCGUGCUGCGGCUGGCCUACAGGUCAAAUCCAGUGGAGGGCAAGCUUAUCUUCUGCAACGGGGUAGUCCUGCACCGGUUGCAGUGCGUCCGCGGCUUUGGGGAGUGGAUCGAUUCCAUCGUGGAAUUUUCCUCCAACUUGCAAAACAUGAACAUCGAUAUCUCUGCCUUCUCCUGCAUCGCUGCCCUGGCUAUGGUCACAGAGAGGCACGGGCUGAAGGAACCCAAGAGGGUGGAAGAACUCCAAAACAAGAUUGUAAAUUGUCUCAAAGACCAUGUGACUUUUAAUAACGGGGGGCUGAAUCGCCCCAACUACUUGUCCAAACUCUUGGGGAAGCUCCCCGAACUCCGCACGCUUUGCACGCAGGGCCUGCAGCGCAUUUUCUACCUGAAACUGGAAGACUUGGUGCCACCGCCAGCAAUAAUCGACAAACUUUUUCUGGACACUUUACCUUUUUAAGACUCUUCCCGUGCACUUCCACUGAACUGAAGAGAAAGUUCACCUGUCGGAAGGGGAAUUCGCCUGGGCCCGAAGCGGCACCCCCGGGGCCAGCUCCCAUCCCAACCCGUCUUGCUAACCGCCUGCCGGCAGAACGUCCGUGGGCAUUUUGGCUCCGGGGCAUCACGGAUGCAGAUCAUGGACUACACAAAUACCAUGGUAUAAACUUUUUAUUAUCAGCUUAUAAAUGAGUUUAUUAUU